CUUAAAUGACUGCCAUUUCUUCACUAUAUUGACGGACGCCUCUAAUCAUGGCAGCACAAAAAUGUUUCCGAUAUUAGUUCGCUUCUUUUCGGAAAAGGAUGGCGUCAAAGUGAAAGUUAUAGACUUGGUAGAUGCAUAUGGAGAAAGUUCCGAAAUAAUUGUAAAUUUGCUGAAUAGCGCUAUGAACAAAUUGAACAUAAAUAAGAAACUAGUUGCGUUUUGUGGAGAUAACGCGGCGUGUAAUUUUGGCAACGUUAAUCGAACCGGCACAAAUAAUGUGUUCUACAAACUGAAGCAGCUUUAUCCUGGAUUGAUUGGCGUUGGAUGUGCAGCGCAUAUUGUUCAUAAUACUUUAAAAAAAGCUUGCGACAAAAUGCCUUUUGAUGUGGAGAUGAUUGUAGUCAAAAUUUAUUCACAUUUCUAUUUGUUCACCGUGCGUGUCGCAAAAUUGAAAAAAGUUUGUGAAUCCGUGGAUGUGGAAUAUAAAAAACAGAUAGGUUACAGCAAAACUCGUUUCCUAGGCUUGUUGUCAUCAGUCGACUCAAUAUUAAGAAUUUUUGAUGGUCUUAAGGAGUAUUUUUUGGGAGAUCCCAACACCCCAAAAUCUUUGCUACUAUUUUUUGAAGAUCCAAGAGCCAAGAUGUGGCUGCUUUUCCUUCGUGAUCAAGCAACUAUUUUCACCGCGAAGUACAUCGCAACCAAUAACCAUUUUGAUCUGGAAUCAUCCGAUACUGAUUUAUUCGAUCAGUUCACGUAUUUGGAAAGAUUCGUAACCGAAGAGAAAAUCCAAUCAUGGGAAGAAAAUGGUACUGCCACCGAUCAACGCUGAAGGAAAUUGCAUCAAAUGAAAAAUACGCAUUCAAAAAUGCCAAUCAGAUCGACGAAAACAAAAAAAAAUAUGUAUGCUGAAAUUUGUAUGCAAAAAACGAGUUUGGAUAUCGAAAAAUAAACUGCUUUCUCCAUAACUUGAC